AUGAAUAAUUAUAUUGGGACAAGGCGCAACGAUUGGGUAUGGCAGAAUAAAAGGGGCUCGUGUUAUGGUAGUUUGCAUCUGGCUGAACAUUCGUUGACAUCAUGGAAGAAGGCUCAAGACCGUGACAUUGCUCCCCUGCCUCAUUUCUUGUUGCCUGAAGAUGGGCGUGAAAAAUGGAGCAAACCUCCGCUGGGAUCCCUGAAGAUAAAUGCUGAUGCAGCAAAUUUCAUUGAGGCCUCGAAGUACAGCUUUGCUGGAAUUAUCAGAGACCACGAUGGAGUCCUUUUGGAAGCUUUCUCUGUUUGCAGAUCUGGUUAUGUGGCUCCGGAGUUGGGAGAGGCGUUGGGGGUGCGCGAGGCUUUGAGCUGGCUAAAGGGAAGGAAUUGGAUGCAGGCGGUGAUUGAAACUGACAGUGUUCUUGUAGUUCAAGCCUUGAGAAGCAACAUUACCAUGGAUUCAUAUUUUGGGUGUGUUAUAGAAGAUUGUAAAGUCCUGUGGAAGGACCUCAGUUAUGUUUCAAUUUUGUUUGUGAAACGCUCUGCUAAUGGGGCAGCCCAUGCUUUGGCAAAGGAGUCUUCCUUUGUGGCCGAGCGUAGUUUGAUUAAGGAGACUAUCUCCUCUUUUGUGUUGAAUGUAAUUUUACAAGAUUGUUGCUAA